UCCACUUUUGGCGAUGAGAGGGCAAGCAGCAAGCAUAGGUAGAGUGCGUCCUCCCUAUGACAUCUCUUGCAUUUUCACCGCAUCGCAUAGUGUGCAAUCUCUCCAUCGUACACCAUGAUGCUCAAGGCAGGUCUCAGGCGAAACGUCCCACGACCAGCGUUGCCUUUACGGCUACCCGUUCGGUCCAGACGUUUCGUCACCAAUCUACCCCCCUCGACACCAACGCCCACCCCUCCAUCAUCCCGCCUGGCUAGAUACAUCCCUCGCCUCUCUGACAUCUCGACCAAAUCCGGUCUCCCACUUCCAUCCCUAGCCAUCUCUUUUGCCAUCCUUCACGAGCUCACCGCCAUCCUCCCGCUCCUAGCCUUGUUCUUCGCGUUCCAAGCGUUCGGCGUUGGGGGCACCAUCAUCAAAUGGGCUUCUCGACAAGAAGACGGGGACGAUCUCGGGCUGGGGUCUUAUAUCCGGGAAUGGCUCGAAGAAGGCCAAAAGCGAGUGGACAAGGUCGCCAGGCGGUAUGGACUGUUCGGGUACGAAAGGGGGAGUAAAGUGGUGGCAGAGGAGGAUCGGAUGUCUUCCGAACAGGAGGCUUUACAGGUCGCUGCUGCUGCUAAACAGUCGUCCGCCGCAGCUGGAGUGGCGAGCGCCGUAGCGGCAUAUGUCGUCGUCAAAGCAAUCUUACCACUGCGGAUUGCCGCUUCGAUAGGCUUUGCGCCAGGAUUCACGCGAUACGCCCUCGAACCUUUCAGAAGAGGGAUCUGGCACGGAUUGCUCAGACGGCCAAGACCGACCGUAGUUACGAAAGGAAAAGACACUAUCGUAUGAUUAGAUGACAUUAGAUGACGGGAACGACACGCGCUAGCAUUAUGCAAUGGAGAUCAACCUGUUCGGAAUCGCGGCUCUCAAGAGAGAAUCUCGAGGACUACGCCGGCAGCGACCGUCUCGCCGCCACGACGAAGCAAUACCCUGCCCAUCUCCUUGUUCACUGACGCAGGUUCGAGCGGGAUGGCGGGUGCCCUCAAGACCGUCGCCUGUGCUGGCGUCCGUAGAGUGACUUCGACUUGCGCUUGGACCCCCUUUUGCAGCACUCUGUAGCGAGAUCGAGCGAAAAGACUUCAGAGCGGUGCCACUAAUUGGGCCAGCU